AUGGGGUGCACACCUUCCCACAAUGACCUUGUUAAUAGCGUCGCUAAGAGUGGCAUCCAGUUUUUUAAAAAGCCCAAAGCAAUUUUGCCGGGACGUCAGGGGGGCAGUGAAAGAUGCUCUACCCCUUCGCUGCUUCCCACCUCCACCUGCUAUGACUCUGGGGGAGGCUUGUCCCAGGGACAGAGGCUGGCACAGGAGCAGCCAAGUUCCCAGACCCAAAGCUCGGCUGAAGGUCUUUGUCAGCUCCCAAGAGAUCCCACUGCAGGCAAAGGGAAAGAUAUGGAAGGACUGCCCCCCAAAGCCAAAACCUCCCAAUCCCACCUGGGCAAAUCACAAAGCCGCAUGGCUAAGGACAUUCCGUCCAAGACACAGAGCUCCCGCGGGUCACCAGGGGCAGCCUCCUCUGGGGAAGCCAGUGAAGAAAGUAACACCCAGGAAAGGAUGCUGAGAUGCCACACAUGUGGCCAACAGGGCCAUUGCUGCCAAAACAGCAUUCCUGCUCACGAGCCUCAGGGCAAAGUGGACUUCCCCGAGCCCCUGGUGAAAGCGCACCAGCAUGCCUAUACCUACCUCCACUCCAGCCUCUCCAAAUAUGAAGCAAUUCUGUGCAUCACCCAUCAGGCCACCCAGACCCAAGAGCUGCUCCAGCCCAUGGUCAGCUUCCUGCUGCUGUGCUUUGAUGAGGUCAACCGGCUCUUGGGGGAGAUCUCCAAGGAUGGAGAAGUGCUCCUCCAAGAAGUUAGGGAGGAUCUGGCGUGGCCAUUGAGGAAAGGAGAGCCCCAGGAGCAGCCGGACCUCCUACCACAGCUUCUGCAGCACACAGUCAGCAAGCUGCUGGUGCUCAGGGGCAUGGUGGCCUCACUCACCGGCAGCUUCCUGGAGAGCUCCAGCAGUUACCUCCAUGCCACCGCGAGCCACAUGGGAAAGAAGCUGAGCACAAAGAGGGGUGUGGAUGAAUGUCUCCUGCGGGCUCUGGGGCAACUGGAGAGCUUGGUGAGUGGCCACAGCGACCCUGGGAUGCAGGGUCUGCCCUUGUGCUCCGAGGACAGUGGCAUCGGUGCUGACAAUGAGUCUGUGCAGCUGGCCGACAAGCUGGGCAAGCAAGCCAGCUGGGACUCAGUGCCGGAGCCCGCGGAAUGGAAACCAGCGUUUCCAGCCACAGCGGAAGCCAGGCUCUCGGGACACACCUGGCAGCAAAGUCCUUUCCAGAUGGGUUCAGACCGACCCCAGGACUGCCCGCUCUCGAGACCUCCUACGGCGAAGGUUCAGCCAGAGGCACAGGGUGGGGCCGGUGGCCCAUGCCCCUCCAGCACGGGCCCAAGAAACACUACCUCCAGCCCCCUGGGGAUGGCCAAAAGCACUUGGCGUGACUCCCUUGGGAUUGGGAUCUCCAGGGAAGCACGUUUUUCUAAAGGCCCCAGGUUGAUGGGCACGUCUUCCCUCAGUGAAGGUGAGGACAGUAGCCCAGAGGAGGAGGAAGACCAAUCGAGCAGCAUGAGUCCCUGUGCAUGGCGGGAAAAUUCUUCCCAACCAAGGCCACGGUCUUCACCUGGUAGCCCGGAAAGCCUGUUUCAGCCACACCCCAGGAGGCUUAGGAGCCCCCAAGCCCAGGAAAUGAUUCUGAAGAUGAAGGAAGCAAUCAGCGAAAGGAUCAAGUUUGUCCCUGUGCCCUCGGGGCCCCAGGACUGGCCUGAGGAGGAGGACAGGAGGACGGUGGUCCCACCAAGACCCAGCACAGCCAGUGGCAGCAGGAGGGCCCCUGUGAGGCAGAGGAGGUCCCAGUCAGAGGGCUGUCUGAAGAGCCAGGCCGAGGACCCCACCCUCCAGGAGCUGCGGAGGGUCCAGAGAGACCUCAGCCAGAGGCUGGAGGCAUUUUACGCCCUGGGCGCACGACAGCAGGGGCAGAGCGCGGGGCAGGUCCCGCAGCCCAGAGCAGCGGCUCUGAGGCCCGACAACUGCAGGGUCACCCCGAGCAACACCAUCAGCAAGCUGAAGGCCUCUCUCACCAAGAACUUCAGCAUUUUGCCAAGUCAGGACAAAAGUAUCUUGCAGAAAUGCGGUCCCCGCCCUGAGAGUGAACAGCCCUGGUGGCGGAGAGCUGAGGGGCUUCCGGCGGCCAUUGCGUCGGGUGAGAGGGCCAGUGAGGCUCCAGGAGCCAUGGACUGGAAUGUCAGGGGCUGCCCCACCAGAACAUCGGUCAAGAAACUCAUUGAAACUUUCAGUCCCACUAAGAGUCUGAGAACACUGGGGGAUUCCAAGGACUCUGGGCCAAACCCCUGCCUCAGGAAAUGGGGGGUCCCCAUCAUGCCUCCCAGAUUUCCCAUUUACAGGGGGCUUGCCCCUUUGUAUCCAAAGCCACAAAUUUCUCCAGCAGCAAGCAGAGACCCCCUCCAGGUGGGGCCAGACUGGAGGCCCCCACCUCCUAUUUUUCCCCCUGUGCUCACAGCAGAAGCAUCCAAGAGUGAGGAUCUCAAUUUCAACUGUGAAACAGAGGAGGACCCAGAGCAUCUCCCUCCACCACCUCUGGAAGUCCUGAUGGACAAAUCCUUCACCUCUCUGGAGCCCCCAGAAAGCAGCAAGCCAGCAGGGAGCUCCUCCAAGGAGACCCAUGUGCCAGGGCCGGGAGGAGCUGACCCUGCCCGGAGAACGUGGGCUUCCCCAAAGCUAAGAGCCUCCAUGAGCCCCACUGACCUGCUACCCAGCAGGAGCACGACUGCCCCCACCAGGCCCCACAGCACAGGGCCAGGGGGCAGCAAGAGCGGCUGCAGCACCAAAAAGCUCACCUGGGACCUUAACCACCUGCCAGCAACCAGCAGAAACCCAGAGGUGGAGGGCAGCGGGGCUCCGAGUCAGGCACCUGCAGACAAGGCUGCCAGCCUGUCCAAGCAUCCCCAGAAGGCCAUCCCCUGGCACCACUCCAGCCACACAUCUGGGCACAACAGGACCUUGGGACCCAGCCUGGCCAGGCCAACACGGGGGCCACAUUCUCCUGAGGCCCCAAGACCGAGCCAGGAGAGAAGCGCCCUGCUGGUCAGGAAGGCCUCUCCCUCAAGGGGAUACUGGACACCCCGAGCAGUCAGGAGGCAGCCCUCCUCUCACAGACCUGCCCGGCCAAGUGCUCCUUCUGUGCACGGCUCCUCCAGCCCACCUGUCAGCCCUCCGGUGAGCCCCAAGGUGCUAAGCCCCCCAACAACGAAGAAAGGAGCUUCCCCAGCAACACGGCAGCACAAGCCGCCCAGCCCUCCCCCCACGAGCCCACCCACACGUCACAAGGCCUCCAGCCCCCCCACCCAGCACACAGAAGCAAGUUCCCUUUCCUCUGGCGCCUCCCCAUCCCCCCCAGUGUCCCCUACUGAGGGACAGGAAACAAGAGGUUCUGAGAACAAUCGGGCAGCCACAGCCAAAGUGUCUGGGAACACGUGUUCCAUAUUCUGUCCAGCCACCUCCUCUCUGUUUGAAGCUGCGCUGCCACCUUCGACUGCCCACCUGCUCACCCCACCAUCGCUGCCACCUGAAGCCGGGGGCCCUCGUGGGACCCCCGCAGGAUGCUGGAGGAGCAGCUCAGGGCCACGGCCGAGGGCGGGCUCACAGCGGGGCAUGGCCCUGGGUGCCCUCAACCCUCAGCCUUUCGUCAGGAGGACAGCUUCUGACCGCCGGCCAGGUCUCCGCCUCCCGCUGCCUGUCCCCGGUGCCACCAGCAACGCUUGUGAAUCCCCACUCAGCAGGAGCAGCAGCAGUGAGGAGAGCCCCAAAAAGGACACUGAGCCAUGGAGCAGCCCCUGUGCCCCGGAACUAAAGGGUUCUGGCUUGGAUGCAUCUCCCCCAGAGCUCUGCGUGUUGGGCCACGGGCUGCAGCGGGAGGCCAGAGCCAGCCGCGCCCAGGACAAGCCUCAAGAGAAGGAAGUAGCCUGACAAGCCAACC